CUAUUCUAUGUUGUAUUCAUUUUUCCGUAGCUCUUCUCCUGGUGCUGUUUGCAACUUCUGAACUGGAGUUACUGAACUCUCUUGCCCUGGUACAAAGAAAAUGUUGCUUUUUCAGCAGUCCUCGAAGCGGUGGCUGCCAAAAGAUGAACUUAGCUCCGGGACUUGGCCUCGUCUGCCCUCGCUUACCGAAGCAGCUUUUGGCUGGGAGCAGCUCGAGUCGGGGCAGUCUUGGCGUGGGACGGCGGGAGCGAGGCUGCCGGCGUCUGCAGCGAGGGGACGUGAGUGUUUCUCACCGAGCCAGAGCGUGCUCUCGGUGCGCUGUCGUAUUUUGGAAUAACUCCGUCGGUGGCAACGGAGCCAACUUCAUCGCGGCGCUGAGGACAGCCCGGGCCGAGGCGUCUGCACGUCGUCCCGCUUCACCGCGUUUCUGAGGGAGCUGGGAGCGACUGAGGUUUAAAAUGCUCUUUGUGCGAUGAAGCAGGUGCCCGAAUAGUCUUCUCCAGCGGUAGUGGAAGGAGCAGCGUUGUGAGGGCGUUGGCUAAGGACGUGAGUCCUGGCUCCGUCCCAUCCGCUGUGACAACCACGGCUUUCUCGACUGCCAUUGGUAUCCCGAGACCUUUCCAGCUGGAUGCUUUGCAAGGUGCAGCAGUUUGCAACCCAGGGCUCCGUCUUCUCCUUUCCCGCAUGCCCUCUCUACUUGCAAAUACCUUUUAGGGAGGUGACCGCGCUCGGAGGCUGCUGUCCCACGCGGGAGCACCUGGGAGCCGCCUCUGCCGCGCUUUUCCCGGGGGAGAUGCGCUGAAGCAGGAGCUUCGCCAGACCAUGGCCGGCCGCGACCUUUGCCUGGGCUCCCGGGGACGCCGCCGCACGACCGCUUUACCAUGGUGAUGGUCUCGACCAAACCUCGGGAUCACAAGGGUGCUGGCUCUGUAACAUGCAGGACUGAGCUGCACGCUCCAAAGAUGAGUCAAGGACCUACCCUCUUCUCUUGUGGAAUUAUGGAAAAUGACAGAUGGAGAGAUCUCAGCGGGAAGUGUCCACUUCAGAUUGAGCAGCCGAGCACCAACAUCUGGGACUGCCUGUCCGAUAAAAGCGAGGAAGGCUCUAUCUGGCAAAGGGAGGCCGUGAGCACGUGCUCAGUGACCAACCUGAUCAAGGACCUCAGUCUCAGCGACCACAACGGCAACCCCUCGGCACCCCCCAGCAAGCGCCAGUGUAGGUCGCUCUCUUUUUCGGAUGAAAUGUCUAGCUGCAGGACAUCAUGGAGACCUCUAGGGUCAAAGGUUUGGACUCCGGUGGAAAAACGCCGGUGUUACAGCGGAGGAAGCGUACAGCGCUACUCCAACGGCUUUACCACCAUGCAGAGGAGUUCAAGUUUUAGCCUACCGUCAAGGUCAAACACACUGUCCUCAUCCUACGACCAUUCUGGAUUUAGCAGCAGAUUAGGGUGUCAGCCAAGCCAAGGGAUGAGGAAGUCGGCUACCUACGGACACGGAGGCGACCUCUGGGGCCACGACCGUGGCUCGGGCGAGGGCGGCAGAGUCGACAUGCAGCGGUCCCUCUCCUGCUCCCACGAUCCCUUCUCCUCUUCAGAGUACUGUCCGCCCUCAGCAAACAGCACACCUGCCUCAACGCCAGAGCUGGCGAGACGCUCCCACGGGCUCUCCCGGAGCCGAUCCCAGCCGUGUGUCCUUAACGACAAAAAGGUUGGAGUCAAGCGACGAAGGCCUGAGGAGGUUCAGGAGCAACGGCCUUCACUGGACCUCGCCAAGAUGACCCAGAACCGCCAGACCUUCAACAGCCUGAGCUGCCUUAGCGCCGCGCCGGAGGACGGCGCCCAGCAGAAGCCCUUCCGCGCCGAGCCCUGGCCGGCGGCGCCCGGCUCCGCGGACGUGAUGCCGGGCCGGACGCCCGCCUGCACGCCGGUGCCGGAGCCGCGGCGGCGCGCCGAGGACUGCGGCGCCGGCAGGGAGGAGCUCUGCGGCGAGGAGGCGGACUUCGGCGGCGCCGAGGACGAGGGCGGCGGGAAGGAGGAGGCGCGGGCACCCUGGCGGCGCGGCGGGGCCGCGGGCGGCGGCGUCUUCCAGCUCGACGGCGAGAUCGACAUUGAGCAGAUAGAAAACAACUGAGAGGGGAGCGUGGCGCCUCGGGGCGGGCCUGGGCGCGGAGGGCGGGGGCACCCCGGUUGCCGUGCUUGGUUUAUACUGUGCUAGCGGCCUUCUCCUGCCGGCUGAAGGGGACGAAGCAGCUUUGCCAAAAUCUCAUCAGGUAUCCAGAGCAAUUUUGUGUGUGUGUGUGCAUAAAUCUUGCAGUUCUUUGUAGCGACGGCAGCCAGGUACCAGCUCGCGUGAGAAGGUGGCCCGCCGGCGUCAGAAGCGGGAGUUGCAGAGCUCCAGGGCCCUGGCUGGCCUCCGAGCGCGAGCAAGCAGCGGUCGUGAAGCCGGAGCCGCAGCCCACGGCUUCAGCCACGCGCUCGGUUCAGAUGGCUGUGUGUUCAGAAAGGGCUUCAGCAGUAAACCACCACCAGCGGGGUCUGGGAAAAGUGAGGAAAGAAGGAUAAAAAGGAGGGAGUGCAUGAGCCGUGCUCUGCAGAGCGAGCAGGGCGGGCUCGGGGACCACCAGCCCCACGCUCUUCCCCGCGCGCUGGCCGGGACGCUGUUCCCACGCGCUUUUCCCGCUCUGUCUUACUGUGAAGUGGUGCCACGUGACACGCCAUAGGAUUACUUGACCCAAGUAAGCUGUCAAAAUGCUGAAAAUUCAGGUAGCAGCACUGAAAGCUUUUCCCUCUUCCUGUGCCUUCGCUCAGCACAGAUAAAGUGGUGACCGUGGUGUUUGUACGACAUGCAUUCGCCUCGGAAAAAUCAGCUGUCCACCUGCUAACAGGCUUAGAAGGACACACACUUCUCCCCCACCUGAAUUUUUUUAAACCUAUAGCAAAGCUGCGCGGGUGGCUUUCGGCACCGGGUCUGCAGGUUCCUCGGGGCUCAUGGGUUACUUCCAGCGGGUGACAGAAGUGAUAGAGGAAAGGAAAGUCAUAGGUGCUAGCAACGAUUUAAGCAUGGGAAAUUCCUGGAGGGGUUCAGCACUUCCGCUGGAAAACGUUUAGGAUUCCAUAAAUCGGAAGAGGUCAAAAGCCACCGGUACAGAUUUUGUUAAUCGUUUCUGUUCCGGCACUCGUUUCUGCGGCGGUGUGGGAGGCCUGUGGUAGCCCCAUGGGGCCCGUCCGGCCAUGGAGCCUUGCACCCGUGCAGCCGGCUCGCACGGUGCCGAGUUGGCUCGCAGCAGGGCCCGUUUCGGGCUGGACCCCGCAGGCGGCGCAGGCCGGCAGGCACGCUGCGGGAUGGGGCCGGCUGCUCGUUUUUUGGGAUCUAUGGCUCUCUCCAAGUGCCGUCUGAGAUAGAUGCACCCUGGCUAAGUUUUUAGAGCCCCCGCUCGCGCUCCGGUGCCUCCCCGCUGCACACACCCUUCCCUGGGAGACGCUUCGGGGCGGUCGCUUGUGGCAGAGGAUUGCUUCGUGGAGGUGCUUCCCUGCACCCGGGAGCACCGCACUGACACGCUGCCGCACGGGCAGACGCAGCUCCGCGGCGCGCUGUCGACUGCGAGCCUUCCCCAUGCCCGGCAUCCCCCGAGGCCGCCAAGCGCGACGGGCACGGUGGGUGCGACCGCCCCCGAGCCCCUCGCUGCCGGGCUCCUGCGGCCCCCCGCGUGCCGGGGACGCGCGGCGCUGCGCUGCGGUGUGGGCGCUCCUGCGUCCCGGGGUGGCACCCCGCACGGCCUCUGCCCCCCCGGCUGCCGCGGUGCCGUGCUGGAGGCCGCAGCACACCGUUUACAUACAGCACAACCCGUUUGCCUUACUAAGACGCUUCUCCAAGGAGGCAUGGCCUUAUACCGGGCACGUGAGCUUAGGCACAAACUGCAGAUAGCUGCGAUUUUUCUUUUUUUUUUUAGGCCACAGCGGUGUUCUGUUGGGUAUUUUGUUGGUUUUGUAUGAUUUUAUGUACUUACUUUCAGUUUAAGAAAGCCUUACUUUUUUUUUUUUUUCUCUCUGUAGAGGUAAAACGUUUGUGGAUUUAUAUAUAUAUAAAUAUAUAUAUAAAUAAAAUAAUUAAAAAUAUUAAAUAUAAAUAUAGUAUGUGCCUCAGAGUCAGGGGACAUCCCGUUGAUUGUAAAGCUAGGAGCUGUGUUGCCCCAGCGGCACCGGUGAAAAGCGGCGGCUCCCCGCGCAGGGGACACCGCGCCUUCCGUUUUUAGAGGACUUCAGCUCCUGCAGAGAUGCUGCGGUGGCCCCGCUCCCACCUGCCGGAGCGCGGCGGGGAACGGCCCGCGGACGGCGGAGGGCGGCCUGGGCUGCGUAGCGUAGGGUCCCGUUACCGCAAGGCCAUUCGGGCGCUGGUUCGAGGCACGGAGCAGUGGGGCCAGCAGACGCUGCAGGACAAAACCGGACUUUAUCAUCAGCAAUAAGAUUUCAUCAGUACGAUUCUUAAAAAAAAAAAAGGAUUUUAAUAGGAAAAUGCGUAGCACUGGUAACAUGCGCACGGGGAUGCUGCCGUGUAUGUGCAGAUGUAGCUCUCUGAGCCUGUCCUAUGAAAGAUUACAUCUUCAAAAAAAAGAAAAAAGACAAAAAGAAGUAUGUGUAAAGUAGAUUGUAAUUUUUCAUGUUAUAGCAUAGCCAAUUUGGCCAAGAAAGUUGUGUUUCAAGUGCAUUGUUUAAAAGCUCCUGGCUGACCAGGACGACAGACUUAGGUAGGAUACCUUAGGAUUGUAGCAGUGCUUCACAGCGUUCAUGUUUUUGGUGGUCAAGAAUCAAAAGAUGGCCAAAAAAAAAGAAAAAAAAAAGCCUUCUGAAGCUCUGACCUGUAGUAACAAAGUCCCUCUCGCUGCUGCUCGCGCGGGGCGGCCGCGGGGCCGGGGCGGCGAGGGACUGCGCGUUUGUACUCGCUCCACGACUUGAUUGCACUAGAGCAGCUCGGUCUCAGGAAAUUGCUUGUUACUUUUACUGUGUAAAUAAAGCUUCCUGGUUCGGUA